CGGAAACAGCUUGCCUUCGUUUUAAAGAGGCGCCGGUGUUCAUUGAAUGAGGUUGAAUUAGAAGCGUCUGUUUAGGAUCGCUUCUACAAUUGAGCUCCUACGAAGCCAGAAGCGAUCCAAACAAUUGUUGUUGUAUUCAUUAUUCUUAUAAAAGAUUGCACUUUGACGGUGGCGAGCUGGCGCAGGUUGCAGGGUGCCCGUGGACGAUGAGAGACAGCAGCGGCAGCCUGGCACAGAACCGCUGGCAGGGUGAGCUGCCCUUGGCUGUGGGCCAGGAGGGCAAUGGUGCCGCGGGCAUGCCCGCCGGGCACCUCAUGGACUCCUCCUCGCCCAACCGCGUGUCCAGCCCCAUGCACCUCAAGAUAGGGCAGAAGGAGCGCGUCAGUGAGACGGAGUACCUGGACCAGGAAACUAUGGAUUUUGGGAGGGAAAUGGAAGAGGAGGACGAGGAAGAGGAAGAAGACGAGGAAGAGGAGGAGGAAGACGAGGAAGACGAGGACUUGGACGAGCAGGAGGAUGAGGUGGACUUUGAGGCUGCUCCUUGGGAGGAGCUAGAAGGGGUGGAGGAGUGGCAGGCCCCACACGAGACACCGCUGGUGUCCCUCACAGACCAGCAGCACCUGCGACAGCAACAAUCAGCAACACCACCCCCCCUGGAGGAGGAGGAUGAAGAGGAGGAGGAGGAGGAGGAGGGGCACGCCCAGCUCCUGGCCGGGGAGUCGCCCGAGUCGCAGCCCAUGUGGUCGAGGCUCUCGUUCGACCGGCUGCGUCGGCUGAGGCGUCUGCGGAGGCUGCGCGUUCACAGCAGCCUGCGCUCCCGCCUGGCGCAGCACUGGAAGACAUGGCGCCAGCGGGCGCAGAGGAUGGGCAUGAGGGGGCACCGCAGGGUGAAGCGGUGGCGCCAGCACAGUGCCUACGGCAUGCGGCAGCGGAGGGACCCCGGACUGAGCAGCUCGCAGUCGGAAGAACAGAUGCAGGAGGCGGCUGAGGCAGAAUCACGUUUUUUUGGUCUUAAUGGCUACCGUGGUGACUCCCAGGCCAGCUCCCUGGUCAGCUCUGGGGACAUGGGUGGACAAGACUUUGUCACCAUGCGUCCACGGCCCAUCGAGAUGGCUCUCACUGAAGAACACAUGACCUGCUUGCAUGGAAUCCUUGACGAGUCUUUGCAGCAGUACGGAAGUCUCAUUCCCAUCCAUAUUGAUGACGUCGUUGAAAAACUGCAGGACAUCUUCAAGGAAAAUUUUGCCCAGCCACACAGGAAAGCUACAGUGCAAUCCGUAAUUCAGGCCUACCAAAGGUCUCCCGGCACUGCCAUGGUGCGAGGGUUCCGCGUCAACUACAAGCGACACAUCCUCACCAUGGACGACCUCAGCACUCUGUAUGGACAGAACUGGUUGAAUGAUCAGGUUAUGAAUAUGUAUGGUGAUCUGGUGAUGGAUUCGGUGCCUGAAAAGGUUCACUUUUUUAACAGCUUCUUUUAUGACAAGUUGAGGACAAAAGGAUAUGAUGGGGUCAAAAGGUGGACAAAAAAUGUGGACAUCUUCCAGAAAGAUCUCCUGCUGAUCCCCAUUCACCUGGAGGUGCACUGGUCUCUGGUGAGCGUGGACAUCAAACGCAAGGCCGUCACCUACUUUGACUCGCAGCGCACUCUAAAUAAACGCUGUCCAAAGCACAUUGCAAAGUACUUGCUGGCAGAGGCUUUUAUGAAACAACAGCCAGACUUUAUGAUUGGAUGGAAAGGUUACUUUAAAAUGAAUGUGGCCCGACAGAACAACGACAGUGACUGUGGAGCAUUUGUUCUCCAGUACUGCAAGUGUCUUGCCCUUGGACAGCCUUUCAGUUUCAGUCAGCAGGACAUGCCCAAACUGAGGCGACUUAUGUAUAAAGAACUGUGCCACUGCCGGCUCUCGCUGUAAAUGUCUGCGCGAGACAGUCCUGUCCUCCCCAGUUGAAAGCAGAGCCCCCACCACCUUCAUCCCCGCCUAACAUCUUUUGUCAGUCAAACCAAGAGACUACUCAGAGGAUGAUUUGGUCUUUGACCGUGCUCAUUUUCUCCCAUCCACACUUUUUUUUUUUAUACAUAUAUAUAUAAAUCUAUAUAUAUUGUCUAUUGUUUCUUCGUGGUUGACAGAGGCCAACUCAACUCAACUGUUAUUGUUACCAUGUGGACACAGUUUUGCAGUAAGAGGACCCAUCGAAAAGGCCUUCUGGACAGGGCUGUGACUUAACGCUAUUGGAGGAUGGAGAAGUCACCCAAGGGUUCCAGUCUCUCUUUUUUCCCCCCCUCUCCUACAGGUCUUGUUUUUGUCCCCUCCAUGUCAGUACCCAUGUUGCUAUGCUUACUGUAAGAAAUGUGGAAAUGGAUCAAGAUGGUUGUUUGCGACUUUAUUUUUAAAUAAAUCAUAUCUCAUAAAGA